AUGGAUAACCCAGUCCAGUCCAACGCUAAACCCUCUGAAGCCGACAAAUCGCGGAUACCAAGAGCAUGCGAUCUUUGCCGCCGUAGAAAGGUCAAGUGCCGUUGGGCGGCUCCUGAUGCUGCCACUUGCGUGAGCUGCUCGUCGAUGGGAGUUCGUUGUACAUGGGAUAUCAAGCCGCAGAAGAGAGGAAGGCCCAGUCGCUAUGCUCCUGGUAGCCCAAUUACUGAUGGCCGUGACGCAAAUAGCUUACCGCAGUCUCCCCAGGGGACGAUUGCAGAGCAGGUCUUGUCUGACCAGGGUCCAUCGCCCGAAGAAUCACAAGGGGUUAAGACCCGAAGCGAGACUCUCCUCUCACAGCUAGGAUCUCCCUCGUCCAUACAGCAAGCUCUCGAUGAUUGGUUCGAGUUCUUCUACCCUAUUCAACCGCUGCUGCACCGAAGGUACUUCAUAUUACGGUAUCAAGGAGGGGAGAUGCAGACAAACUCGGAAUUCCUGGCAUUAGUGAUUUCGAUGUGUGCGGCUAUUGUUGUCACCCUACCCCGGAAAGCUGCUGCGGAGUAUAGUGAGAUUACAGUCUCAAAGAGCCUCCAUCUAGUCCGGUACUACAGUCUGUUACAACCUACCUCCGGAUGUAGUGUGGACUGGUGCGUGGCGCAUUAUUUGCUGGCUUGGGCCCAUCUGGGUGAGCAUGGUUUCACCGGGUUUGACGUCUUCAACAACCUCAAAAGUGCCAUGUCAGGAGUUCAGUGGCUUUUGUCUUUCCAGCUCAGACAGAGUAGUGUUCAUGACGAAGAAAUAUUGAAGCGCCUUUAUGGGCAACUAACAAUAUUGGACAUAGGGCUAGAUACGAAAGGGUGGCCAGGCUGUUCUUUUUAUCCUCUAAGCGGUGACCAGUGCCGACUAAGACCUCGAUGUUUAUCUGAUGAGGAUCUAUCUCUCGCAGAAGGCCUGGCCCCAGGCACACGCGCAAGCCAGGAUGAUACUAUAGACUACGUGACUGGCUUCAACGCGCACACAGAUAUCAUCCUGACGUGGUGGCACGCAAAAGCGGAUGGCGAGCAUAGGAGCCCACGCGAAGUCAUUGAUCGCGGCCUUGAGCGUCUACAAAGCAUAUUAGACGGUCUCCCUCCCGAGCUCAGGUGGAGGGGUGGCUUAUCGCGAGACCCGAGAGCAACACGCGGACAUGAAUUGCAAAUGCUUAACAUCAUGAUCAGUUUCCUGUACAUCAAGUCCAACCUUUUGGAGAUUUAUGGACCAGUAGCAGAACCACCAUUUACCCAUUAUACAAUCAUUAGGCAAGUACAACCCGCUAUCCAAAGCAUCUCUAGAAUUCUUCACCAUGUCCCCCGGACCAUCUUGGAGUCGGUAGGGUUCUCGGUAGUGAAGAGGAUCAGAGACAUGGGUGCGCCCUACCUCGAGGAAUUGAAAUUAAUGUCUGACGCGGAUGCUUUAGCGUCAGAAUCAACAAGACAGCGAUUAUGGCAACUUCUUAGCGAGCUUGACUUAUUAGAUUAUCAAGGAGCUUCAGGAAUUGGUAGUCAUUGCUAG